CUGCCGCCCUAGUUACAUAUGGGGUAAAACAAAACAUAAAGUCAAAAAUACAACAUAAAAUAUAUAUACAGUGUGUGCAAAUGUAGCAAGUUAUGGAGGUAAGGCAAUAAAUAGGCUAUAGCGCAAAAUAAUUACAAUUAGUAUUAACACUGGAAUGAUAGAUGUGCAAGAGAUGAUGUGCAAAUAGAGAUACUGUGGUGCAAAUGAGCAAAAUAAAUAACAAUAUGGGGAUGAGGUAGUUGGGUGGGCUAAUUUCAGAUGGGCUGUGUACAGGUGCAGUGAUCGGUAAGGUGCUCUGACAACUGAUGCUUAAAGUUAGUGAGGGAGAUAAGUGUCUCCAGCUUCAGAGAUUUUUUGCAAUUCGUUCCAGUCAUUGGCAGCAGAGAACUGGAAGGAAUGGCGGCCAAAGGAGGUGUUGGCUUUGGGGAUGACCAGUGAGAUAUACCUGCUGGAGCGCAUACUACGGGUGGGUGUUGCUGUGGUGACCAAUGAGCUAAGAUAAGGCGGGGAUUUGCCUAGCAGUGAUUUAUAGAUGGCCUGGAGCCAGUGGGUUUGGCGACGAAUAUGUAGUGAGGACCAGCCAACAAGAGCGUACAGGUCACAGUGGUGGGUAGUAUAUGGGGCUUUGGUGACAAAACGGAUGGCACUGUGAUAGACUACAUCCAAUUUGCUGAGUAGAGUGUUGGAGGCUAUUUUGUAAAUGACAUCACCGAAGUCAAGGAUCGGUAGGAUAGUCAGUUUUACGAGGGCAUGUUUGGCAGCAUGAGUGAAGGAGGCUUUGUUGCGAAAUAGGAAGCAGAUUCUAGAUUUAACUUUGGAUUGGAGAUGCUUAAUGUGAGUCUGGAAGAAGAGUUUACAGUCUAACCAGACACCUAGGUAUUUGUAGUUGUCCACAUACUCUAGGUCAGACCCGCCGAGAGUAGUAAUUCUAGUCGGGUGGGCGGGUGCCAGCAGCGUUCGAUUGAAGAGCAUGCAUUUAGUUUUAUUAGUGUUUAAGAGCAGUUGGAGGCUACUGAAGGAGUGUUGUAUGGCAUUGAAGCUCGUUUGGAGAGUAAGAGUGCUGAUCCAGGAUCGGUUUGGCCUUUUAGAUCAUAAAGAAUAAAAUUAUAUCGAGGUUAUCUCUCCAGGAACAGGGUUGGAGAGCCCUGAUAUAGACAGAUCCUAGAUCAUCACUUCUACUCUGAGAUGCUUUGUGGAGACGGGCCCUGUUGUCUAAGGGGUUCCCUCUUCUCGUACUGUCCCCUAGUGGUGGGAACUGGAACUGCUAUGCACAUCUUUAUAUAAGGCUGAUAUUACAGUCACUGUGGUGUUUCAUAAGCUACAUCAGUAGGAAUCAGUCUUCUACACUACAAUAGUUGGUUAGGUUGUAGCUUGUAUUUGGCUCCAUUGGGUUAAAAUGGUUUAGUUAUAAUUAAGUGAUUAACACUAAUUGUAAUUCUAUAAUAUUAAUAUUUUCUCUUUCAGGAUACAACCAUCCCUCGCUCAUCAAAGUGAUGUCCAACCCCAACAAUAUGGUAGGUAGGGAGGGAGGGAGGGAGAGAGAGAGGGAGGGAGAGAGAGAAUGCUGUAAAACACAGAAUAAAACAAUUAAUAAAAGUCCCAGGAUGGUAGUGACUGCCCAUUACAGCGUAUCAUUUAUUCACAUUACUUUACUUUAAUACAAUAUUUCAGUUGUGUAUACUACAUUAGUUUUAUUUGAUCAUCUCAUCUCUAUAGAGCUGCUGCCUAUGCUGUCUGAAGUAAAUAAGGCAUACUUUUAUGACUGCUGAAUACCAACUAUCAAUCACGUAGAUCAUGAAGUAACUGCUCUUUGUCGCUCUCCAUCACGCUUUCUUCUGUCCCGUCUGUGCCUCUCUGUGUCUGCCCUCACACAGACUGGACAAGUAGGCAUACAAUGGAUUAUGGUCAUUGUAGUUAAUUACCACGUUUUCUGAGCUAAACUAUGUAGAAUAUUGGCCUGUUGGAAACUACAACUCCCUACUACAUCGCACAGUUCGGGCUUGAUCUGAUUUAUCUCUAGAGGAACUGCGCAAUGUGCGCAUUGAGCUCACAGAAAAAAUGAAAUGGAAUUCAAAUAAUCUCUGUUAUUGAAAACCGAUCAGAAGACAUUGGAGUUGAGCAUCUCUCCCCACGUUUAUCUGAUAGUAAUGCUUAGUUCCCCAUGUUUUCCUCUCUGUCUCUCUUUCUCUCUCCCUCUCAGAGUGCAUUUGUGAACAGGCCAGCUCUUGGGAUCAUGCCACCUGAGAACUUUCCGGAAAAGCUGGCGGAAAGCCUUCUCUCAGUGAGUGCCACACACACAUACACUUUGCAUACACUCAAGCUUCAGGCAGAUUUUAACAGAAAGACAAAAAAAAAACAAUUAUUUAGUGAAAGACCAGAAACUAACUAAUGAUGGGAUUCUAGCUGGACCCCAUUACUGUAGGCUGGCUUCCUCCAUUUUGUGGAUUGUGCAAUCCCUCUUGACUGGAUACAAUCCAAGACACUCCUUCCCUCCUCCUCUCCUCUCCUCUCCUCUCCUCUCCUCUCCUCUCCUCUCCUCUCCUCUCCUCUCCUCUCCUCUCCUCUCCUCUCCUCUCCUCUCCUCUCCUCUCCUCUCCUCUCCUCUCCUCUCCUCUCCUCUCCUCUGCUCCGUCCAGGUUGCUCCUAGUGGUAUGAGCCGUGUCCAGACCAUGGCCUGUGGAUCCUGCUCCAAUGAGAAUGCAUAUAAAGCCAUGUUCAUCUGGUACAGAGUGAGUACAUAUAAAGCCAUGUUCAUCUGGUACAGAGUGAGUACAUACACUGAGUGUACAAAACAUUAAGAACACCUGCUCUUUCCAUUACAUAGACUGACCAGGUGAAAGCUAUGAUCCCUUAUUGAUGUCACUUGUUAAAUCCACUUCAAUCAGUGUAGAUGAAGGGUAGGAGACAGGUUAAAUAUGUAUUUUUAAGCCUUGAGACAAUUGAGACAUGGAUUGUGUAUGUGUGCCAUUCAGAGGGUGAAUGGGCAAGACAAAAGAUUUGAGUGCCUUUGAACGGGUAUGGUAGUAGGUGUCAGGCGCACCGGUUUGUGUCAAGAACUGUAACGCUUCUCGGUUUUUCACGCUUUUCAAGCUCAACCGUUUCCCUUGUGUAUCAAGAAUGGUCCACCAGCCAACUUGACACAACUGUGGGAAGCAUUGGAGUCAACAUGGGCCAGCAUCUCUGUGGAACGCUUUUCGACACCUUGUAGAGUCCAUGCCCCAAUGAAUUGAGGCUGUUCUGAGGGCAAAAGGGGGUGCAACUCAAUAUUAGGAAGGUGUUCCUAAUGUUUUGUACACUCAGUGUAUAUAUUUAUAUGCACAAUAUCUAGUCAAUAUAAGCAGAAUAUAUACAAUAUAGAUUAAACACUACCAUGUUCAGCUGAAACAAUAUAUAUUAUAUAGUCAAUAUAAUUAUAAAUGUACUGUAUACGAAUGGACACAAUGGAAACAUAGUAUAUUAUCUGUCUGUCUCAGAAUAAGGAGAGAGGCCACAACAUCCCCUCUGAUGAAGACGUGAGCUCCUGUAUGAUCAACCAGGUGGGUGAAAUCUAAUUCAACAUCAUCAAGUUUUAUUAGUCUUAUGUACAGGAUACACAAUGGGUAUACAUCGUCCAAUGAAAUGCUUACUGCAGGGAUCCUUCUGGACAAUGGAACAACAAUAAGAAAUAUUAAAAUAUAAGAAUAGGAACAUAAAGUAAAUGGAUCAGCAGAACAGAAUAAACAUGUUAGCAUCAGUAUAAUACAGGAAGGAACAAUAUAUAGUCUGAUAUUUACACGUGUUUUGGGGAAGGGGGGGUGGGAGCAGUGUAUAAACAGCAGUAUAAUAAGAGUAGCAGUAGUAGUGAUGUGUGUGCAGCAUGACAACACACAAAAUGGCGGCACAGUUGCACACUUGCUAGCCAGGUUUUAGGUGAAGUUGGGGGGAAACUGUGACAUCUUGGGUCAAUGACAACGCACAAAAUGGCGGCACAGUUGCACACUUGCUAGCCAGGGUUUAGUAUACAGUGGCUUGCGAAAGUAUUCAACCCCCUUGGCAUUUUUCCUAUUUUGUUGCCUUACAACCUGGAAUUAAAAAUGGAUUUUGGGGGGGUUUGUAUCAUUUGAUUUGAAGAGGCAAAAUAUUUUUGGGGGUGAAACAAACAAGAAAUAAGACAAAAAAACAGAAAACUUGAGCGUGCAUACAGUGAGGGGAAAAAAGUAUUUGAUCCCUGCUGAUUUUGUUUGUUUGCCCACUGACAAAUAAAUGAUCAGUCUAUAAUUUUAAUGGUAGGUUUAUUUGAACAGUGAGAGACAGAAUAAGACAAAAAAAAAUCCAGAAAAACGCAUGUCCAAAAUGUUAUAAAUUGAUUUGCAUUUUAAUGAGGGAAAUAAGUAUUUGACCCCCUCUCAAUCAGAAAGAUUUCUGGCUCCCAGGUGUCUUUUAUACAGGUAACGAGCUGAGAUUAGAAGCACACUCUUAAAGGGAGUGCUCCUAAUCUCAGUUUGUUACCUGUAUAAAAGACACCUGUCCACAGAAGCAAUCAAUCAAUCAGAUUCCAAACUCUCCACCAUGGCCAAGACCAGAGCUCUCCAAGGAUGUCAGGGACAAGAUUGUAGACCUACACAAGGAUGGAAUGGGCUACAAGACCAUCGCCAAGCAGUUGUUGCAGAUUAUUCGCAAAUGGAAUAAACACAAAAUAACUGUCAAUCUCCCUCGGCCUGGGGCUCCAUGCAAGAUCUCACCUCGUGGAGUUGCAUUGAUCAUGAGAACGGUGAGGAAUCAGCCCAAAACUACACUGGAGGAUCUUGUCAAUGAUCCCAAGGCAGCUGGGACCAUAGUCACCAAGAAAACAAUUGGUAACACACUACGCCGUGAAGGACUGAAAUCCUGCAGCGCCCGCAAGGUCCCCCUGCUCAAGAAAGCACAUAUACAUGCCCGUCUGAAGUUUGCCAAUGAACAUCUGAAUGAUUCAGAGGAGAACUGAGUGAAAGUGUUGUGGUCAGAUGAGACCAAAUUCGAGGUCUUUGGCAUCAACUCAACUCGCCGUGUUUGGAGGAGGAGGAAUGCUGCCUAUGACCCCAAGAACACCAUCCCCACUGUCAAACAUGGAGGUGGAAACAUUAUGCUUUUGGGGUGUUUUUCUGCUAAGGGGACAGGACAACUUCACCGCAUCAAAGGGACGAUGGACGGGGCCAUGUACUGUCAAAUCUUGGGUGAGAACCUCCUUCCCUCAGCCAGGGCAUUGAAAAUGGGUCGUGGAUGGGUAUUCCAGCAUGACAAUGACCCAAAACACACGGCCAAGGCAACAAAGGUAUGGCUCAAGAAGAAGCACAUUAAGGUCAUGGAGUGGCCUAGCCAGUCUCCAGACCUUAAUCCCAUAGAAAAUCUGUGGAAGGAGCUGAAUGUUCGAGCUGCCAAACGUCAGCCUCGAAACCUUAAUGACUUGGAGAAGAUCUGCAAAGAGGAGAAGGACAAAAUCCCUCCUGAGAUGUGUGCAAACCUGGUGGCCAACUACAAGAAACGUCUGACCUCUGUGAUUGCCAACAAGGUGUCACGCCCUGACUCAGGGGACUCUUAUAUGUUGAGUCAGGGUGUGUAUAUUCUUUGUUAUAUAUAUUCUAUGUUGUAGGUCUAUUAUGUGUAGAUCUAUGUUGGCCGGUGUGGUUCCCAAUCAGAGGCAGCUGUAGCUCGUUGUCUCUGAUUGGGGACCAUAUUUAGGCAGGCUUUUGGCACUAGUGGUUGUGGGAUCUUGUUCCGUAUAAGGUAUGUUGUUUGUGUCUACCUUGGACUUCACGUUUCGUUUCGUUUAUUGUUUUGUCGAGUGUUUAUUAAGUAUAAAUAAACAUUUAUGCAUAUCACGCUGCGCCUUGGUCCGUCCCGUCAUUGAACGAACGUGACACAAGGGUUUUGCCACCAAGUACUAAGUCAUGUUUUGCAGUGGGGUCAAAUACUUAUUUCCCUCAUUGAAAUACAAAUCAAUUUAUAACAUUUUUGACAUGCGUUUUUCUGGAUUUUUUUGUUGUUAUUCUGUCUCUCACUGUUCAAAUAAACCUACCAUUAAAAUUAUAGACUGAUCAUGUCUUUGUCAGUGGGCAAACGUACAAAAUCAGCAGGGGAUCAAAUACUUUUUUCCCUCACUGUAACUAUUCAACCCACCCCAAAGUCAAUACUUUGUAGAGCCACCUUUUGCAGCAAUUACAGCUACAAGUCUCUUGGGGUAUGUCUAUAAGCUUGGCACAUCUAGCCACUGGGAUUUUUGCCCAUUCUUCAAGGCAAAACUGCUCCAGCUCCUUCAAGCUCCCGUGUAGCUCUGUUGGUAGAGCAUGGCACUUGCAACGCCAGGGUUGUGGGUUUGAUUCCCACGGGCAGUAUGAGAAAUGUAUGCACUCACUAACUGUAAGUCGCUCUGGAUAAGAGUGUCUGCUAAAUGACUAAAAUGUAAAGUUGGAUGGGUUCCGCUGGUGUACAGCAAUCUUUAAGUCAUACCACAGAUUCUCAAUUGGAUUGAGGUCUGGGCUUUGACUAGGCCAUUCCAAGACAUUUAAAUGUUUCCCCUUAAACCACUUGAGUGUUGCUUUAGCAGUAUGCUUAGGGUCAUUGUCCUGCUGAAAGGUGAACCUCUGUCCAAGUCUCAAAUCUCUGGAAGACUGAAACAGGUUUCCCUCAAGAAUGUCCCUGUAUUUAGCGCCAUCCUUCAAUUCUGACCAGUUUCCCAGUCCCUGCCAAUGAAAAACAUCCCCACAGCAUGAUGCUGACACCACCAUGCUUCACUGUGGGGAUGCUGUUCUUGGGGUGAUGAGAGGUGUUGGGUUUGCUCCAGACAUAGCGUUGUCCUUGAUGGCCAAAAAGCUCAAUUUUAGUCUCAUCUGACCAGAGUACCCUCUUCCAUAUGUUUGGGGAGUCUCCCACAUGCCUUUUGGCGAACACCAAACGUGUUUGCUUAUUUUUUUCUUUAAGCAAUGGCUUCUUUCUGGCCACUCUUCCGUAAAGCCCAGCUCUGUGGAGUGUACGGCUUAAAGUGGUCCAAUGGACAGAUCCUUCAAGGUUAUCUUUGGUCUCUUUGUUGUCUCUCUGAUUAAUGCCCUCCUUGCCUGGUCUGUGAGUUUUGGUGGGCGGCCCUCUCUUGGCAGGUUUGUUGUGGUGCCAUAUUCUUUCCAUUUUUUAAUAAUGGAUUUCAUUGUGCUCCGUGGGAUGUUCAAAGUUUCUGAUAUUUUUUUAUAACCCAACCCUGAUCUGUACUUCUCCACAACUUUGUCCCUGACCUGUUUGGAGAGCUCCUUGGUCUUCAUGGUGCCGCUUGUGUCAGUGUUGAUGUGGAUGUGGUUGAGGAGUCAGACGCAGGACGCAUGGGCUCAGUCAAACAAGACUUUACUGAACUGUAUAAACAAAACAAAAUAAAGGACCUCAAACAAGGAGGCAAGCGACAACGCAAACACAGUGCGUCACAAUAAACAAAGUCCAGAGUACUGCACGGGUGACACCAACGGACAGGCGGAAAAUAACACACAAACACACAAACACAAAGCCGGAAACUUAUAGGACACAAAAUCAGACACAAACGGACACAGGUGCAACAGACAGACCAAACCAAUCAAACAUCGAAAUAUCUAACGGUGGUAGCUAGUACUCCGGGGACGACGAACGCCGAAGCCUGCCCGAGCAAGGAGGAGGAGCAGCCUCGGCAGAAUCCGUGACAGUACCCCCCCCCUUGACGCGCGGCUCCAGCCGUGCGCCGACCCCGGCCUCGGGGACGACCAGGAGGACGCGGAGCCGGGCGCGUGGGAUGACCACGGUGGAACUCAGUCAGGAGGGAUGGAUCUAGGAUAUCCCUCCUAGGCACCCAGCACCGUUCCUCCGGGCCGUACCCCUCCCACUCCACGAGAUACUGGAGACCCCCCAUCCGACGUCUCGAGUCCAAGAUGGUCCUGACCGUGUACGCCGGAGCUCCCUCGAUGUCCAGUGGGGGCGGAGGAGUCUCCCGUAUCUCACCUUCCUGGAGUGGACCAGCUACCACCGGCCUGAGAAGAGACACAUGGAACGAGGGGUUAAUAUUCUUAUAAUCAAUAGGCAGUUGUAACCUGUAACACACCUUGUUCAAUCUCCUCAGGACUUUAAAAGGCCCCACAAACCGCCGACCCAGCUUCCGGCAGGGCAGGCGGAGGGGCAGGUUUCGAGUCGAGAGCCAGACUCGAUCUCCCGGUGCGUACACCGGUCCCUCACUGCGGUGGCGAUCGGCGCUCGCCUUCUGUCGACGGAUGGCCCGCUGCAGAUGGACAUGUGCAGCGUCCCACGUCUCCUCCGAGCGCCGAAUCCACUCAUCCACCGCAGGAGCCUCGAUCUGGCUCUGGUGCCAUGGUGCCAGAACCGGCUGAUACCCUAACACACACUGGAAAGGGGUUAGAUUGGUGGAGGAGUGGCGGAGAGAGUUCUGUGCCAUCUCUGCCCAGGGGAUAUACCUUGAUCACUCCUCCGGCCGGCCCUGGCAGUAGGACCUCAGAAACCUACCCACAUCCUGGUUGACUCGUUCUACCUGCCCAUUGCUCUCUGGGUGGUAACCCGAGGUAAGGCUCACCGAGACCCCCAAGCGUUCCAUGAACGCCCCCCAGACUCUGGAGGUGAACUGGGGACCUCGGUCAGACACUAUAUCCUCGGGAACCCCAUAGUGCCGGAAAACGUGGGUAAAUAGGGCCUCAGCGGUCUGUAGGGCAGUAGGGAGACCCGGCAUUGGGAGGAGACGACAGGCCUUGGAAAACCGAUCCACAACGACCAAAAUGGUGGUAUUCCCCUGGGAGGAGGAAGGUCGGUCACAAAAUCCACCGAGAGGUGGGACCAUGGUCGUUGUGGAACGGGCAGGGGAUGUAACUUUCCCCUGGGCAGGUGUCUAGGCGCCUUACACUGGGCGCACACCGAGCAGGAGGAGACAUAAACCCUCACAUCCCUAGCUAACGUUGGCCACCAGUAUUUCACGCUAAGGCAGUGCACUGUCCGGCCAAUACCUGGAUGUCCAGAGGAGGGUGAUGUAUGAGCCCAAUAAAUAAGGCGAUCACGAACCUCGAGCGGAACGUACGUCCGCCCCACAGGACACUCUGGGGGAGUAGGGUCGGUACGUAACGCCCGCUCGAUCUCCGAAUCGACCUCCCACACCACCGGAGCCACCAGACAAGACUCCGGCAGUAUGGGAGUAGGCUCAAUGGACCUCUCCUCUGUGUCAUACCGCCGGGACAGGGCGUCUGCCUUACCGUUCUGGGACCCUGGGAUGUACGUGAUCUUAAAAACAAACCGGGUCAGGAACAUGUUCCACCUAGCCUGACGAGGGUUUAAUCUCCUAGCUGCCCGGAUGUACUCCAGGUUACGGUGGUCAGUCAGAAUGAGGAAAGGGUGUUGAGCCCCCUCAAGCCAAUGCCUCCACACCUUUAAGGCCUGAACCACGGCUAACAGCUCCCUGUCCCCUACGUCAUAAUUACGCUCCGCCGGGCUGAGCUUCUUAGAAUAGAACGCACAGGGGCGGAGUUUAGGUGGCGUGCCAGACCGUUGCGACAGAACUGCCCCAAUACUGGCCUCUGACGCGUCUACCUCAACUUGGAAUGGUAAAGCGGGGUCCGGAUGCGCCAGCACCGGGGCCGAAGUGAACAGGUUCUUCAGUUUAACAAAUGCCCUGUCCGCUUCAGCUGACCACUGCAAACGCACCGGGCCCCCCUUCAGCAGGGACGUAAUGGGAGCUGCCACCUGUCCAAAGCCCCGGAUAAACCUCCGGUGGUAAUUAGCAAAACCCCAAAACUGCUGCACCUCUUUUACAGUGGUUGGAGUUUGCCAAUUACGCACGGCAGACACACGGUCAACCUCUAUCUUCACACCAGACGCGGACAAUCGAUAACCCAAAAAGGAGAUGGACUCCUGGAAAAACAAGCAUUUCUCUGCCUUGACAUACAGGUCAUGCUCCAACAGCCUCCUCAACACUCGGCGCACCAGGGCUACAUGCUCGGCUCGUGUAGAAGAGUACACUAGGAUGCCGUCGAUGUACACUACCACACCCUGCCCAUGCAUGUCCCUGAAAAUCUCGUCCACAAAGGAUUGGAAGACUGAAGGAGCAUUCAUUAACCCGUAUGGCAUGACGAGAUACUCGUAAUGACCCGAGGUGGUGCUAAAUGUUUUCCAUUCAUCCCCCUCCCUAAUGCGCACCAGAUUGUACGCGCUCCUGAGAUCCAACUUUGUGAAGAACCGCGCUCCGCAUAACGAUUCAGUCAUAGUCGCAAUCAGAGGAAGAGGAUAACUGUACUUAACCGUGAUCUGAUUGAGACUACGGUAAUCAAUACACGGGUGCAAACCCCCAUCCUUCUUCUUCACAAAGAAGACACUCGAGGAAACCGGGGAAGUGGAGGACCGUAUGUAUCCCUGUUCCAAGGACUCGGCUAUGUAAGUCUCCAUAGCCGCUGUCUCCUCUUGAGACAGGGGAUACACACGGCUCCGCGGAAGUGCCGCUCCUGUUUGGAGAUCUAUCGCACAAUCCCCCUGUCUAUGAGGUGGCAACCGUGUUGCCCUAGUCUUGCUGAACACAAGUGCUAAAUCCUCAUAUUCAGGGGGAAUGCGCAUUGCGGGCACUUGGUUCGGACUCUCCACCGAGGUCGGCCCUAAGGAAACACCUAGACAUCUCCCUACACACUGGGCAGACCACUCCAUAAGAGCCCUCUGUUGCCACGCAAUGGUAGGAUCAUGGGCGCUUAACCAGGGAAGCCCCAGCACCACGGGAUACGCAGGAGAGUCGAUCAGAUAAAACUGAAUGAUCUCCUCAUGACCCCCCUGCGUCGUCAUCUUAAGUGGUGCUGUGACUUCUCUAAUCAACCCCGACCCCAGCGGCCGGCUGUCUAGGGCAUGGACAGGGAAGGGGGCUUCCACCGGCCGAAGGGGAAUUCCUAACCUAGAACAAAACUCACGAUCAACAAAAUUCCCAGCUGCGCCUGAAUCGACUAGCGCCUUAUGCUGGGAAUGAGGUGCCACCUGUGGAAAUCUCACAGGUAUACACAGGUGACCAACAGAGAGCUCUGGGUAAGUGGGGCACCUACUCACCUGAAAUGACUCCCCAGUGCGUGACCUGUUGUCCCCUCUCCCAGGAGACCCUCCCCAGCACCUAGCCGCAGUGUGCCCUCCACGGCCACAGUUGGUGCAGGGGACGGCCCCCCUCGGGUUCUCUCUCCUCCUCUCCCUAGCGCCAGCACCUCCGAGCUCCAUGGGAAUCGGCUCGGGGGUGCUGGAGGGUGGAAUGGACGACCCCCAUUCGGGACGUCCGCGGGUAGCCACCAGGGUGUCGAGACGGAUGGAAAUGUCCACCAACUGGUCGAAGGAUAGGUUGGUGUCCCUGCAGGCCAGCUCACGACGAACGUCCUCUCGUAGGCUGCUCCGAUAGUGGUCGAUGAGGGCCCUCUCAUUCCACCCCGAAUCCGCCGCUAGAGUCCGGAACUCCAGGGCGAACUCCUGUGCACUCCUCUUCCCCUGUCGGAGGUGGAACAGACGCUCCCCCGCCGCCUUCCCCUCAGGUGGAUGAUCGAACACUGUCCUGAAGCGGCGGGAGAACUCCGCGUAGGUGAUGGUGGCGGCGUCUAUUCCCCUCCAUUCGGCGUUGGCCCACUCCAACGCCUUGCCGGAGAGACAGGAGAUGAGGGCGGAGACGCUCUCGUAUCCCGAGGGCGCCGGGUGUAUGGUGGCCAGGUAGAGUUCCACCUGCAGGAGGAACCCCUGACACCCGGCUGCGGAACCAUCAUAUGCCCUCGGGAGCGAGAGCCGAAUGCCACUGGGUUCCGGUGCUGGGAGAGGAGGACUGGCCGAUGGUGAUGGUAAGGUGUGCGAAGGUGUGGGCACCUCUCCGGUGACCAAACGGCGCAGAGUGUUGGACACCUCGUUCAUGGCGACCCCAAGUUGCCGGAUCAUGGUGUCUUGAUCGCUGAUCCGUUCCUCCAGCGACUUGGGUGCCGCCGCUGCUCCUGCUGACUCCAUAAGGUGUGUUAUUCUGUCAGUGUUGAUGUGGAUGUGGUUGAGGAGUCAGACGCAGGACGCAUGGGCUCAGUCAAACAAGACUUUACUGAACUGUAUAAACAAAACAAAAUAAAGGACCUCAAACAAGGAGGCGAGCGACAACGCAAACACAGUGCGUCACAAUAAACAAAGUCCAGAGUACUGCACGGAUGACACCAACGGACAGGCGGAAAAUAACACACAAACACAAAGCCAGAAACUUAUAGGACACAAAAUCAGACACAAACGGACACAGGUGCAACAGACAGACCAAACCAAUCAAACCUCGAAAUAUCUAACGGUGGUAGCUAGUACUCCGGGGACGACGAACGCCGAAGCCUGCCCGAGCAAGGAGGAGGAGCAGCCUUGGCAGAAUCCGUGACAGCUUGCUUGGUGGUGCCCCCUGCUUAGUGGUGUUGCAGACUCUGGGGCCUUUCAGAACAGGUGUCUAUAUACUGAGAUCAUGUGACAGAUCAUGUAACACUUAGAUUGCACAUAGGUGGACUUUAUUUAACUAAUUAUGUGACUUCUGAAGGUAAUUGGUUGCACCAGAUCUUAUUUAGGGGCUUCAUAGCAAAGGGAGUGAAUAAAUAUGCACGCACCACUUUUCCGUUAUUUAUUUUUUAGAAUUUUUUGAAACAAGUUAUUUUUUUCAUUUCACUUCACCAAUUUGGACUAUUUUGUGUAUGUCCAUUACAUGAAAUCCAAAUAAAAAUCCAUUUAAAUUACAGGUUGUAAUGCAACAAAAUAGGAAAAAACGCCAAGGGGGAUGAAUACUUUUGCAAGGCACUGUAUGUGUGUAUGUCUGUGUGGUUGUGUGCGUGUGUGAGGGAGGGAGAGGGAGGUGCAGAGAGUCAGAGCAGGCCAUGACCUGUGUUCUGGUGUUCAUCAUCAUCACGUUCCUCUCACCUAUUCUUUAGUAGCCACGUACACACACUAAAAACACUCUCAUGCUCUAAUUCUUGCUCUCCCUCCCUCCUUCUCCCUUGUUCUCCCUCUCUCCGUCUCUCCCUCCUCUUCUCGUUCUCUCUCCAUCUCUCUCCCCUCUCCUUCGUUCCCUCUCUCUCUCCACUCUCCCUCCUCUCUCUCUCUCAGAGCCCUGGCUGUCCGGACCUCAGCAUCCUGUCGUUUAUGGGUGGAUUUCAUGGCAGAACAAUGGGUCAGUCAGGUUAAAUAUUAUUACACAUCUUAUUGUUGAAUGAAAGUAAAAUAACAUAACUACAGUGAGGGAAAAAAGUAUUUGAUCCCCUGCUGAUUUUGUAUGUUUGCCCACUGACAAAGAAAUGAUCAGUCUAUAAUUUUAAUGGUAGGUGUAUUUGAACAGUGAGAGACAGAAUAACAACAAAAAAAUCCAGAAAAAUGCAUAUAAAAAAUGUUAUAAAUUGAGUUGCAUUUUAAUUAGGGAAAUAAGUAUUUGACCCCACUGCAAAACAUGACUUAGUACUUGGUGGCAAAACCCUUGUUGGCAAUCACAGAGGUCAGACGUUUCUUGUAGUUGGCCACCAGGUUUGCACACAUCUCAGGAGGGAUUUUGUCCCACUCCUCUUUGCAGAUCUUCUCCAAGUCAUUAAGGUUUCGAGCCUGACGUUUGGCAACUCGAACCUUCAGCUCCCUCCACAGAUUUUCUAUGGGAUUAAGGUCUGGAGACUGGCUAGGCCACUCCAGGACCUUAAUGUGCUUCUUCUUGAGCCACUCCUUUGUUGCCUUGGCCGUGUGUUUUGGGUCAUUGUCAUGCUGGAAUACCCAUCUGUUACGAACCCCGUGGCUUUAAACGUCUAGGGUGGAUGGACAAGAGACCCGUAACAUAAUUCAUGCAAAUUAGAAUCGUGACAUGGAAACAGGGAGAACAAAAACUACACGACAACCAUAAACUACCGUCAAACAUAAAAUGUUUAUUUUGAACACACGGUAAAGGUUUGGGAAAAAGGGCUGAGCAGGACCCAAGAAAUGAAACAAUAGUGUAAAAAACAACUAAACUGAUCUUGCCUGCCUCAAGAACCGCUAAGCUACUGCUAAUCAUACAAAAAUUACAGUGGGUGGUCCGCUCAGGUCUAACUAGUGUUUUUAGACAGUUUUCUUCCUAUGGGUAAUGUAUGCCCAAGGGCAACUUGCUUAAAUUCCCCUUUUCCCAGAAACACACAACAAAGUUACCAAACAGAGUAACCAGCAAAUGAGUGAGUACACAAAACACAGGACACCACAGUAUCCAUACUCACAUACGGAAAAUUGUCUCCCUCUACAAACACAACUGACCGGCUUUUAAACAAUGGGAUGUGUGAUUGAAAAACCAGAAACAGGUGGUGCAAUGCAGAGGAAUGUCCACUGAUUGGUCCACCUCAGCAAUCAGCAGACACCCCAACGACCACCAAUCAGGAACAUACAGGACACCUGUGAUUAGGGUAGAAGGAGAGGAAAAACACAAAAAGACACAGGAUACCUGUAUCCGUAACACCAUCCACGACCCAUGUUCAAUGCCCUGGCUGAGGGAAGGAGGUUCUCACCCAAGAUUUGACGGUACAUGGCCCCGUCCAUCGUCCCUUUGAUGCAGUGAAGUUGUCCUGUCCCCUUAGCAGAAAAACACCCCCAAUGCAUAAUGUUUACACCUCCAUGUUUGACGGUGGGGAUGGUGUUCUUUGGGUCAUAGGCAGCAUUCCUCCUCCUCCAAACACGGCGAGUUGAGUUGAUGCCAAAGACCUUGAUUUUGGUCUCAUCUGACCACAGCACUUUCACCCAGUUCUCCUCUGAAUCAUUCAGAUGUUCAUUGGCAAACUUCAGACGGGCCUGUAUAUGUGCUUUCUUGAGCAGGGGGACCUUGCGGGCGCUGCAGGAUUUCAGUCCUUCACGGCGUAGUGUGUUACCAAUUGUUUUCUUGGUGACUAUGGUCCCAGCUGCAUUGAGAUCAUUGACAAGAUCCUCCCGUGUAGUUCUGGGUUGAUUCCUCACCGUUCUCAUGAUCAAUGCAACUCCAUGAGGUAAGAUCUUACAUGGAGCCCCAGGCCGAGGGAGAUUGACAGUUAUUUUGUGUUUCUUCCAUUUGCGAAUAAUCGCACCAACUGUUGUCACCUUCUCACCAAGCUGCUUGGCGAUGGUCUUGUAGCCCAUUCCAGCCUUGUGUAGGUCUACAAUCUUGUCCCUGACAUCGUUGGAGAGCUCUUUGGACUUGGCCAUGGUGGAGAGUUUGGAAUCUGAUUGAUUGCUUCUGGCUCCCAGGUGUCUUUUAUACAGGUAACAAGCUGAGAUUAGGAGCAAUCCCUUUAAGAGUGUGCUCCUAAUCUCAGCUCGUUACCUGUAUAAAAGACACCUGGGAGCCAGAAAUCUUUCUGAUUGAGAGGGUGUCAAAUACUUAUUUCCCUCAUUAAAAUGUAAAUCUAUUUAUAAAAAUUUUUAACAUGCGUUUUUAUGGAUUUUCUUGUUGUUAUUCUGUCUCUCACUGUUCAAAUAAACCUACCAUUAAAAUUAUAGACUGAUCAUUUCUUUGUCACUCACUGUACUACGAGAUAAAGAACUACGAAUCAUGGAGGUCAACAUCCGUGGUCUAAGAUCAAACAUCGGAGAGCUAGCCUAAGGAGAAAGAACCUACCGUCGUCAUCGUGGUGGACGCAUUCCUGGACUCAACUGUAAAGGACGGAGCUGACUGCAUCGCAAUACCAGGAUGCACCAUGUGCUGCCGACGAGACAGAAUUGCGUCGUCAGGUGGUGGCAUUGCAGUGUAUUGCUUGCAAGGAAUCACCAUCCACCAUGAGACCCAAAAAGACCCAAAAGACAUGGAACUGACAUGGCUUCCAGUCACCUUACACUCCCAGAAGCUCCUCAUAGGAGCUGUUUUAUAGACCUAGACACUGAAACCCAAAAUGACAGAGUUUGGUGCACAUUCUGUCAUGGUGGCGGGCGACUUCAAUGUCCACCAUGAAGACUGUCUGGGUAGCUGAACAACUGUCAUGGUGGUGGGCGACUUCAAUGUCCACCAUGAAGACUGUCUGGAUAGCUGAACAACUGUCAUGCUGGUUGCCGGGCCCGACAGCUUGCAAGCUGCUUAGGCCUACAACAGAUUGUGGUUACUCCAACCAGAGGAGACCAAGCCUGGGGACAAAGUAUGUUUUGACGAAAAGAUCACUGACAUCACCCAUGAUGCCAUGGAGCAUUUUAUCCCAAGCAGAACUGUCACCAGAAAGCCCGGGGACAAAGUAUGUUUUGACGAAAAGAUCACUGACAUCACCCAUGAUGCCAUGGCGCAAUUAAUCCCCAGCAGAACUGUCACCAGAAAGCCUGUGGACAAAGUAUGUUUUGACGAAAAGAUCACUGACAUGACCCAUGAUGCCAUGGGAGCAAUUCAUCCCCAGCGAAACUGUCACCAGAAAGCCUGGGGACAAAGUAUGUUUUGACGAAAAGUGCAGGAGAGCAGCAAGGACGGAAAAAAUCGUCGCCUUUUUUUCCAACGGCUAAAUAAAACUGCCGCCAACAAGCAGAAGUUUGCCCUGGCCAGACCAGGCUGAGAAGCAAGCUAUCAUGAUAUCAAACUCACAGAGGAACUCACUGAUAACACCCUAAUCAGCAAGAGAUGGUGGAGGCUUUGUCAACUCCCUUUCUGGAAGAGCUGCUAACUCUGAUAUCCCUGUCAUCAUACACCACGACAUAGCACACAUCACUGCACGGGACAAAGCAGAAGUGUUCUGACAGGCUUUUGCACAGAAAUGUCACUUACAAGAUGAAAAAGACUCUUACACCAUGUAUCAAGCUUUCCUCUACCUGCUCUAUCGAGACCCAUUCAAACCCAAGGACAUCAACAGGCUCCUGAAAUGCCUCGGAGUCCACCUGUGAUAAAUUGACAUGAUUUGGUAAGGCACACACCUGUCUACGUAAGGUCCCACAGUUGAGGUCGUAGGAAUUGUCCGUAGAGCUCCGAGACAGGAUUGUGUCGAGGCACAGCUCUGGGGAAGGGUACCAAAAAAUGUCUGCAGCAUUGAAGGUCCCCACGAACACAGUGGCCUCCAUAAUUCCUAAAUGGAAGAAGUUUGGAACCACCAAGACUCUUCCUAGAGCUGGCCGCCCGGCUAAACUAAGAAAUCGGGGGAAAAGGGCCUUGGUCAGGGAGGUGACCGAGAACCUGAUGGUCACUCUGACAGAGCUCCAGAGUUCCUCUGUGGAUAUCGGAAAACCUUCUAGAAGGACAACCAUCUCUGCAGCACUCCACCAAUCAGGCCUUUAUGGUAGAGUGGGCAGACGGAAGCCACUCCUCGGUAAAAGGUACAUGACAGGCCGCUUGGAGUUUGCCAAAAGGCACCUAAAGACUCUCAGACCAUGAGAAACAAGUGGUCUGAUGAAACCAAGAUUGAACACUUUGGCCUGAAUGCCAAGCAUCACGUCUGGAGGAAACCUGGCACCAUCCCUACGGUGAAGCGUGGUGGCAGCAUCAUGCUGGGGGGAUGUUUUUCAGCGCAGGGACUGGGAGACUAGUCAGGACCUGAAAAUAGCUAUGCAGCGAUGCUCCCCAUCCAACCUGCCAGAGCUUGAGAUGAUCUGCGUAGAAGAAUGGGAGAAACUCCCCAAAUACAGGUGUGCUAAGCUUGUAGCGUCAUACCCAAGAAGACAGAAACAGAAUGUAAGCUCACGAGAUCAGGUUGCUUGAACGAAGGUAGGACUGCCCCACUCCUUAAAAACAACAACUUACGAUGUCUGAUCUGUUUUCAGGUUGCUUGGCAACGACGCACUCCAAAGCCAUCCACAAGCUGGAUGUGCCUUCAUUUGAUUGGCCGAUCGCUCCCUUCCCUAAACUGAAGUACCCUCUGGAGGAGUUCACACGGGAGAACGCACAGGAGGAGGCCCGCUGCCUGGAGGAGGUGUGUGUGUGUGUUAGGAUUUAAUAUUUUCCUGAGAAUCUACCAAUUUCCCCGGUAUUCCCGUUCAAACUGGAAGUGCUAUUUAAAAGCAUAUAAUACCAGCAAAAAAAAUCUGACGAUUAUGCCACUGUAAAUGGAGAAAUAGACAGAUGAAUGUAAUGGUUUCUUGUUGUAUUUGUUGCAAUUUAAUCAAUCUCAAAGUUCUAAGUCACCACACUAUUUUGCCUAGUUUUAAUGUAGGCCUAUGAAGCACUGUUGGCCGUCUGGUAAAAUAUGAUGAGGUUAUUACAGUCUAGUGAAAGUUACAUUAGUUUCAGCCUACCUUUGACUGAAAGAUGCAGCUGGGUCCUUUGACUGAAAGAUGCUGCUGGGUACUUUGACUAAAAGAUGCAGCUGGGUCCUUUGACUGAAAGAUGCAGCUGGGUACUUUGACUGAAAGAUGCAGCUGGGUCCUUUGACUGAAAGAUGCAGCUGGGUCCUUUGACUGAAAGAUGCUGCUGGGUCCUUUGACUGAAAGAUGCAGCUGGGUCCUUUGACUGAAAGAUGCAGCUGGGUCCUUUGACUGAAAGAUGCAGCUGGGUUCUUUUCUCUCCCCUUGAACCUGUCUAUCAGGGGAAUCUGGGAAGGUUGUGGCUGUUUUUACUUCGCUUAUUGUGGUGAUUUUGUCAGAGGGAACAUAUCUGAUUCUCCGCUAAUCAAACAGAUGAGCUGUAGUGAAGAUUCAGUACCAUGGAUAGCACUGUGGUUGAUCAAUUUCCCGCGUAGCUAAACCCACUGUGAAUAAUGCGCCAUUCUAAGGUUGGCUAUAUUUUACAUAAAAGCAAACGUUUACUUAUUGCAUUCGUUAUCAGUUGUUAGCAUUCGUUAGCCUAAAAAUCAAUGGUAUGCCUAUUUCUAGCAAUAAAGUCAAUGAUAAUCUCUCAAGGUUUUGUUUUAAAAUGUGUAUUUAGUCAUUUAGCAUACAAUAAUGAAACGUGAGCCUUCUGGCUACACAAACGUAGACUAUAUAAUAAAAUGUAAUAAACAAGUAAUUCUUGUUUUCAUUAUUACUUUUACUCAAGAGAAAAACAAACAAACAUUUUCAUUAAACUUCCAUGUUCAAAUUUGAGUUAAUUAAAAGACAUGAAAAACAGACUCGGUCAGAAACAGAGUAACUAUAAUUGUAGCUGACUGAUUCUCAAGACCCGGCCAAACAAAUGUAGAAAAGCAUUCUACACAUAAACGUAGGAUAUAGGCUACGUAAAACAACCUGGUGGGCCUACCCUGUAGCAAACAAAUGAACAAACUAAAACAUGUGCAUAUAGGCUAUAGGCUGUACCUGUGGCCUCUCAAAAAGCACAGUGCGUCAAUGCUUCCUGGUUUCUGAUCUUGGUCACAAAUUGGCCACAGACUGACAAGGCUCUCUCAGCCUCCACGGAGGUGGCCUGGAUCGUGGCAAGUGCCUCAAACCAGGAACAGCUAAUGGGGAUCCUAAUAAAAUGUAAAUACAAAAUACCAAAACGAGGCCAAAUACAAAACUGACCUGCCUCAAACUGGUGCUGCAGGCAUUUGGACUUGUUUGUUGCUUCAAACACGCUGAAUUCCUUAGACGGGAUUAUCAGCAGGUCAGUUUUGUAUUUGGCUUCGUUUUGGUAUUUUUUGUAUUUUAUUAGGAUCCCCAUUAGCUGUUGCGAAAGCAGCAGCUACUUGCGAAAGCAGCAGCUACAACAUUAAUAGACAAGAACAGCUCAUUGACAGAACUACAUCAAUUAAAAAAUGGCACACGUAGCCUACAUAUCAAUACAUACACACAAACUAUCUAGGUCAAAUAGGUGAGAGGCGUUGUGCCGUUGCUUUAUCUGUUUUUUGAAACCAGGUUUGCUGUUCAUUUGAGCAAUAUGUGAUGGAACGGAGUUCCAUGCAAUAAUGGCUCUAUAUAAUACUGUACGCUUGCUUGAAUUUGUUAUGGAUUUGGGGACUGUGAAAAGAACCCUGGUGGCAUGUCUGGUGGGGUAAGUGUCAGAGCUGUGUUUAAGUUGACCAUGCAAACAAUUUGGGAUUUUCAACACAUUGUUUCUUAUCAAAAGAAGAAGUGAUGCAGUCAGUCUUUCCUCAACUCUUAGCCAAUAGAGACUGGCAUGCAUAGUAUUAAUAUUAGCCUUCUGAUUACAAUGAAGAGCAAGACGUGCCGCUCUGUUCUGGGCCAGCUGCAGCUUAACUAGGUCUUUCUUUGCAGCACUUGACCAUAUCACUGGACAAUAAUCAAGACAAAACUAGAGCCUGCAGGACUUGCUUUGUGGAGUGUGGAGUCAAAAAAGCAGAGCAUCUCUUUAUUACGGACAGAACUCUCCCCAUCUUUACAACCACUGAAUCUAUAUGUUUUGACCGUGACAGUUUACCAUCUAAGGUAACGCAAAGUAAUUUAGUCUCCUCAACUUGUUCAACAGCCACACCAUUCAUUACCAGAUUCAGCUGAGGUCUAGAACUUAGGGAACAAUUUGUACCAAAUACAAUGCUCUUAGUUUUAGAGAUGUUCAGGACCAGUUUAUUACAGGCCACCGAUUCCAAAACAGACUAACUCUUUGUUAAGGGUUUCAGUGACUUCAUUAGCUGUGGUUGCUGAUGCGUAUAUGGUUGACACACACACACCCUGAGCGUUGAUUAUUGACCAUGCAGAUAGCAGAGCAGAGAGAACCAUAUCGAAGAAAGAUUUAGACAUUGCAUAUAAUUUAACAGUUCCAUUUCACGUCACGCUGUUCAUAUAAAUAAUUUAUUAUAAUUUACCGGUUUCUUGGAAUUAUUUAUCCCAGGAAAAGGGACUGGGUUUGGGCGGGAAACGGGUUACCGAGAUUGUGUGUGUGUUAACCCUGUUUGUGUGUGUGUGUUAACCCUGUAUCUGUGUGUUAACCCCGUAUCUGUGUGUUAACCCCGUAUCUGUGUGUUAACCCCGUAUCUGUGUGUUAACCCCGUAUCUGUGUGUUAACCCCGUAUCUGUGUGUUAACCCCGUAGCUGUGCGUUAACCCCGUAGCUGUGCGUUAACCCCAUAUCUGUGCGUUAACCCCGUAUCUGUGCGUUAACCCCGUAUCUGUGUGUUAACCCCGUAUCUGUGUGUUAACCCCGUAUCUGUGUGUUAACCCUGUAUCUGUGUGUUAACCCCGUAUCUGUGUGUUAACCCCGUAGCUGUGCGUUAACCCCGUAGCUGUGCGUUAACCCCAUAUCUGUGCGUUAACCCCGUAUCUGUGCGUUAACCCCGUAUCUGUGCGUUAACCCCGUAGCUGUGUGUUAACCCCGUAUCUGUGUGUUAACCCCGUAUCUGUGUGUUAACCCCGUAUCUGUGUGUUAACCCCGUAUCUGUGUGUUAACCCCGUAUCUGUGUGUUAACCCUGUAGCUCUGUGUUAUCUGUGUAUGUCCCAGGUAGAGGACCUGAUAGUCCAGUGGCGUCAGAAGGGCCGGCCGGUGGCUGGGAUAGUGAUUGAACCCAUCCAGGCUGAAGGAGGAGACAACCACGCAACACCUGACUUCUUCAAGAAGCUACGGAACAUCGCACGCAAGGUAGGCUGGAGAGGGAGGGAGGGAGGGAGGGAGGGAGGGAGGGAGGGAGGGAGGGAGGGAGGGAGGGGGGAGAGUCAUACACAAGGUAGGCUGGAGAGGGAGGGAGGGGGUUAGAGUCAUACACAAGGUAGGCUGGGGAGGGAGGGUUAUACACAAGGUAGGCUGGAGAGGGAGGGAGGGUUAUACACAAGGUAGGCUGGAGAAGGAGGGAGGGGGUUAGAGUCAUACACAAGGUGACACUGAAAUAAAAUCAGUCAAUCAAUCCAUCCAUCAAUCAUAGAAAGAUUAAAACAUCCCUCCCCGUCUCCCCUAUACCUCCCCCCUCCCCCUCCCCCCUCCCCUAUCCCUCCUCUAUCCCUCCUCCCCUCCCCUAUCCCUCCUCUAUCCCUCCUCCCCUCCCCUAUCCCUCCUCUAUCCCUCCUCCCCUCCUCUAUCCCUCCUCUAUCCCUCCCCCCUAUCUCUCCUCUAUCCCUCCUCCCCUCCCCUAUCCCUCCUCCCCUCCCCUAUCCCUCCUCUAUCCCUCCUCCCCUCCCCCCUCCCCUAUCCCUCCUCUAUCCCUCCCCUAUCCCUCCCCCCUCCCCUCCCCAUAUCCCUCCCCCCUCCCCUAUCCCUCCUCUAUCCCUCCUCCCCUCCCCUCCCCUCCCUCCCCCCUCCCCUAUCCCUCCUAUAUCCCCCUCCCCCUCCUCUAUACCCUCCUCCCCUCACCUAUCCCUCCCCCCUCCCCUAUCCAUCCUCCCCUCACCCCUCUUCCUCCCUCUCUCAGCAUGGCAGUGCGUUCCAUGUGGAUGAGGUGCAGACAGGUGGCGGUGCUACAGGGAAGUUCUGGGCUCAUGAACACUGGGGAAUGGACGACCCUGCUGACAUCGUCUCCUUCAGCAAGAAGAUGCUCACUGGAGGCUUUUACCAUAAAGACGAGCUGCAGGCAGACAAGGUAACACACACACACAGGACACACAGGCAUAUAAUACGCACAUUCACACAAGAUGCCCUGUACACAUGCAGGCACACACACACACACACACACAUAGGCGUAUAAGGAACACACAGGACACACACAUGCAAACAUACACACAUGCAAUGUAUAACCUUAUUUUGUCUGUGUGUGUCUGUGUAUGUGUGUGUGUGUUUCUUUCCCAGGCCUACCGUAUCUUUAACACGUGGAUGGGCGACCCAUCUAAGAACCUGUUCCUGGCUGAGGUUCUGAACGUGAUCCGCAGAGAGAACCUUCUGGAGGAGGUGACCCGCUCUGGGAAAACUCUCCUACAGGGACUCUACCAACUACAGGUUGGUACAACUACAGGUACCAGAGACAGAGACUCUAACAACUACAGGUACCAGAGACAGAGACUCUACCAACUACAGGUACCAGAGACAGAUACUCUACCAACUACAAUUACUAGAUACAGAGACUCUACUAACUACAGGUACCAGAGACAGACACUCUACCAACUACAGGUACUAGGUACAGAGACUCUACCAACUACAGGUACUAGGUACAGAGACUCUACCAACUACAUGUACUAGAUACAGAGACUCUACCAACUACAGGUACCAGAGACUCUACCAACUACAGGUACUAGAUACAGAGACUCUACCAACUACAGGUACCAGAUACUCUACCAACUACAGGUACCAGAGACAGAGACUCUACCAACUACAGGUACCAGACACAGGGACUCUACCAACUACAUGUACCAGAAACAGAGACUCUACCAACUACAGGUACCAGAGACUCUACCAACUACAGGUACCAGAGACAGUGACUCUACUAACUACAGGUACCAGACACAGGGACUCUACGAACUACAGGUACUAGAUACAGAGACUCUACCAACUACAGGUACCAGAGACAGACACUCUACCAACUACAGGUACUAGGUACAGAGACUCUACCAACUACAGGUACUAGAUACAGAGACUAUACCAACUACAGGUACCAGAGACAGAGACUCUACCAACUACAUGUACCAGAGACAAAGACUCUACCAACUACAGGUACCAGAGACAGAGACUCUACCAACUACAGGUACCAGAGACUCUACCAACUACAGGUACCAGAGACUCUACCAACUACAGGUACCAGAGACUCUACCAACUACAGGUACUAGAUACAGAGACUCUACCAACUACAGGUACCAGAGACUCUACCAACUACAGGUACUAGAUACAGAGACUCUACCAACUACAGGUACCAGAGACUCUACCAACUACAGGUGCAGAGACAGAAACUCGACCAACUACAGGUACCAGAGACAGAGACUCUACCAACUAUAGGUAACAGAGACUCUACCAACUACAGGUACUAGAUACAGAGACUCUACCAACUACAGGUACCAGAGACUCUACCAACUACAGGUACCAGAGACAGCGACUCUACCAACUACAGGUACCAGAGACAGAAACUCUACCAAGUACAGGUACUAGAUACAGAGACUCUACCAACUACAGGUACCAGAGACAGCGACUCUACCAACUACAGGUACCAGAGACAGAAACUCUACCAAGUACAGGUACUAGAUACAGAGACUCUACCAACUACAGGUACCAUAGACUCUACCAACUACAGGUACCAGAGACUCUACCAACUACAGGUACCAGAGACUCUACCAACUACAAGUACUAGAUACAGAGACUCUACCAACUACAGGUACCAGAGACUCUACCAACUACAGGUACUAGAUACAGAGACUCUACCAACUACAGGUACCAGAGACCUCUACCAACUACAGGUGCAGAGACAGAAACUCGACCAACUACAGGUACCAGAGACAGAGACUCUACCAACUAUAGGUAACAGAGACUCUACCAACUACAGGUACUAGAUACAGAGACUCUACCAACUACAGGUACCAGAGACUCUACCAACUACAGGUACCAGAGACAGCGACUCUACCAACUACAGGUACCAGAGACAGAAACUCUACCAAGUACAGGUACUAGAUACAGAGACUCUACCAACUACAGGUACCAGAGACAGCGACUCUACCAACUACAGGUACCAGAGACAGAAACUCUACCAAGUACAGGUACUAGAUACAGAGACUCUACCAACUACAGGUACCAUAGACUCUACCAACUACAGGUACCAGAGACAGAGACUCUACCAACUACAGGUACCAGAGACUCUACCAACUACAGGUAUCAGAGACAGAAACUCUACCAACUACAGGUACCAGAGACAGACACUCUACCAACUACAGGUACUAGGUACAGAGACUCUACCAACUACAGGUACUAGGACUCCAACUACAGGUACUAGAUACAGAGACUCUACCAACUACAGGUACCAGAGACUCUACCGACUACAGGUACCAGAGACUCUACCAACUACAGGUACUAGAUACAGAGACUCUACCAACUACAGGUACCAGAGACUCUACCAACUACAGGUACCAGAGACAGAGACUCUACCAACUACAGGUACCAGACACAGGGACUCUACCAACUACAUGUACCAGAGACAGAGACUCUACCAACUACAGGUACCAGAGACUCUACCAACUACAGGUACCAGAGACAGCGACUCUACCAACUACAGGUACCAGAGACAGACACUCUACCAACUACAGGUACUAGGUACAGAGACUCUACCAACUACAGGUACUAGGUACAGAGACUCUACCAACUACAGGUACUAGAUACAGAGACUCUACCAACUACAGGUACCAGAGACUCUACCAACUACAGGUACCAGAGACAGAGACUCUACCAACUACAUGUACCAGAGACAGAGACUUUACCAACUACAGGUACCAGAGACAGAGACUCUACCAACUACAGGUACCAGAGACUCUACCAACUACAGAUACCAGAGACUCUACCAACUACAAUUACUAGAUACAGAGACUCUACCAACUACAGGUACCAGAGACUCUACCAACUACAGGUACUAGAUACAGGGACUCUACCAACUACAGGUACCAGAGACUCUACCAACUACAGGUACCAGAGACAUAGACUCUACCAACUACAGGUACCAGAGACAGAGACUCUACCAACUACAGGUACCAGAGACAGAAACUCUACCAACUACAGGUACCAGAGACAGAGACUCUACCAACUAUAGGUACCAGAGACUCUACCAACUACAGGUACUAGAUACAGAGACUCUACCAACUACAGGUACCAGAGACUACCAACUACAGGUACCAGAGACAGCGACUCUACUAACUACAGGUACCAGACACAGGGACUCUACGAACUACAGGUACUAGAUACAGAGACUCUACCAACUACAGGUACCAGAGACAGACACUCUACCAACUACAGGUACUAGGUACAUACACUCUACCAACUACAGGUACUAGGUACAUAGACUCUACCAACUACAGGUACUAGGUACAGAGACUCUACCAACUACAGGUACUAGAUACAGAGACUCUACCAACUACAGGUACCAGGGACUCUACCAACUACAGGUACCAGAGACAGAGACUCUACCAACUACAGGUACCAGAGACAGAGACUCUACCAACUACAGGUACCAGAUACAGAGACUCUACCAACUACAGGUACCAGAGACUCUACCAACUACAGGUACCAGAGACAGCGACUCUACCAACUACAGGUACCAGAGACAGAAACUCUACCAAGUACAGGUACUAGAUACAGAGACUCUACCAACUACAGGUACCAGAUACUCUACCAACUACAGGUACCAGAGACAGAGACUCUACCAACUACAGGUACCAGAGACAGAGACUCUACCAACUACAGGUACCAGAGACAGAGACUCUACCAACUUCAGGUACCAGAGACAGAUACUCUACCAACUACAGGUACCAGAGACUCUACUAACUACAGGUAUCAGAGACAGAAACUAUACCAACUACAGGUACUAGGUACAGAGACUCUACCAACUACAGGUACUAGGUACAGAUACUCUACCAACUACAUGUACUAGAUACAGAGACUCUACCAACUACAGGUACUAGAUACAGAGACUCUACCAACUACAGGUACCAGAGACUCUACCAACUACAGGUACCAGAGACAGAGACUCUACCAACUACAGGUACCAGAGACAGAGACUCUACCAACUACAGGUACCAGAGACAGAAACUCUACCAACUACAGGUACCAGAGACAGAGACUCUACCAGCUACAGGUACCAGAGACUCUACCAACUACAGGUACCAGAGACUGCGACUCUACCAACUACAGGUACCAGAGACAGAAACUCUACCAAGUACAGGUACUAGAUACAGAGACUCUACCAACUACAGGUACCAGAGACUCUACUAACUACAGGUACUAGAUACAGAGACUCUACCAACUACAGGUACCAGAGACUCUACCAACUACAGGUACCAGAGACAGAGACUCUACCAACUACAGGUACCAGAGACUCUACCAACUACAGGUAUCAGAGACAGAAACUCUACCAACUACAGGUACCAGAGACAGAGACUCUACCAACUACAGGUACCAGAGACAGACUCUACCAACUACAGGUACCAGAGACUCUACCAACUACAGGUACCAGAGACAGACUCUACCAACUACAGGUACCAGAGACAGACUCUACCAACUACAGGUACCAGAGACUCUACCAACUACAGGUACCAGAGACUCUACCAACUACAGGUACCAGAGACUGUGUGUGUGCGUGCUAACAUCUGUACCUCUCCCCCCAGGACCAGUACCCUAAUCUGUUGAGCAGUGCUCGGGGACAGGGGACAUUCUGUGUUCUAACAUCUGUACCUCUCCCCCCAGGACCAGUACCCUAACCUGUUGAGCAGUGCUCGGGGACAGGGGACAUUCUGUGCCAUCGACAUCCGUGAUGACGCCACACGCAACAGCAUCAUCUUCAAAGCCCGGGACAAGGGUAAGACACACUACACACACACACAUAUACCCACUCCACGCUGGUGAUUUUCUGUGUAACCUCUAUCGUCUCUGUCGGUCUGUCUCAAUCUGUCUGUCUGUUUGUCUCAGGUGUCCUGCUGGGUGGCUGUGGAGAUCGGUCGAUCCGGUUCCGUCCUGCUCUGGUGUUUAAGGAGUACCAUGUUCACAUGUUCCUGAACGUGUUCAACGACGUCCUGGCAGAACACAACUAGAACCGUCCACACCAACAUGGGCCAGACUAACUGGGGAUGGGGUGGAGGGGAGGGGAAGCACAAGAGUCUUAACCUAUAACAAGGGUUCACACACUAAUGCAUACACUUAAAGGGAUACUACGGGAUUCUGGCAGUGAAGCCCUUUAUCUCCUUCCCCAGAGUCAGAUGAACUCGUGGAGACCGUUUUUAUGUCUCUGUGUGCAGUUUGAAGGAAGUUGCUAACUAGCGCUAGCGCAAUUGCUAACUAGCGUUAGCGCAAUGACUGGAAGCAUUGGCUCGUGAAACUACCUCUGACUUCCUUCAUACUGGACACAGAGACAUAAAAACGGUAUCCGCGAGUCCAUCUGACUCUGGGGAAGUGGAUAAAGGUCCUCAUUGCCAAAAUCCCAAAGUAUCCCUUUAACACACACUCACACACCACACUUGAAUUUGUCCCAUUGCUCAUGUGGCAGUCCUAGCAUUCCCCAUAUCACAGUAAUGUCUUAAUGAUAGCCCUGCAAAAGGCACAAGCACAAAACAUCUUAUUUUGAUAAUCUCACACAAACCCUCCAACUCCCCAACAGAUAAAGGCACAACAAUAUGUUUUAGAGCAAACCCACCUGACAGGAGCGGAUAGCAGCAAGCUAACCUAAACAAGGUUCUACUGAUACAACAUGGCCGCCGCAUGACGACUUUUAACCCCUGACCUUGAAAUAUAUCCUAGUUUGGGUUCUGUGGGUUCUCUGGGUGUUCUAGGUGUUU